AUGCAAAAUGGCAACACGAAGGGUCACGUGUCAAAAAGAGCACUCGAAGGCAUGGCAGUAGCCAACCCCAUGCGCGAUGCACUCUUUACAGCUUUGGGUUACAUUUACGAUCCCGUCCAUCCUGCCAUCAACAUGGGCACAGCUCAAAACGAUCUCAUGCAGAGCGAGCUCAAUGACAAGAUCAAUGCAUCUCUCGAGUUUCAGGUUUCAGACCUCUCCUAUGGUGAACCACAAGGCUCUCAACGAUUACGUCAAACCAUGGGAUCUCUAUUGACUCGGCACUUGAAGCCAACAAUACCUGUGGAUGCAGAUCACGUCUUUGUUGCUACGGGUGCUGGUGCUGCUAUUUACUAUUUGGCUCUUGCACUUACGGAUCCAGGAGACAGUAUCAUGGUGAUCAGCCCUUACUAUGGAAGCUUUGAUGGCGACGUGUGCAUGGGAUCUCAAAUCGAUUUGAUACCACUUUAUCUCAACAACAACAGUGACAAGGAUUGGGAUUUAUCAGUGGAUGUGGAUACGUUGGAGGAGACAUGGAAAGAACAUGUUGAAGCAAAAGGCAAAAAGGUCAAGGCAUUGAUCAUCACGAAUCCUCACAAUCCACUUGGCCGAUGCUUCUCACAAGAAUCCAUUGAAACCUUAUUGCGAUACGCAUCUAAACACAAUUUGCAUGUCAUCUCGGACGAGGUCUACGCACUCUCCACAUUCGGCCACUUGCUACCCAACAACAACAUGGAGCAUGAUCCCUUUCUUUCGGUGUUGAGCUUGCCCAAUCUCGACCAAUUGAUUGAUCCUUCCCUCGUUCACGUGGUGUAUGGCUUAUCCAAAGACUUUGGCGUCAAUGGUUUACGUGUGGGAUUUGUUAUUGAUCAGCAUAAUCCAACCCUUCGAAAUGUAUUGCCAGGUUUCAUAGUAUUCAGCUACACAUCCACACUCACAGAUCGUUUAUUAUGCAACAUGUUUUCUGACAAAGAAUGGGUUGACAUCUUUAUCGAGAUCAAUCGACGAAGACUUGCAGAAGCAUAUACGUAUGCCAGCAAUGUUUUAAAGCUGAUUGGUGUGGAUCAUAUCUCUGCUGAUGCUGGGCAGUUCAUGGUGGUGGAUUUACGAGCAGCUAUGACCCAAAUGAAUGGCAGGCCACCCACAUUUGAGGAUGAAAAAGAGCUGAUGACAACUCUCUUACAGCAUGGUGUGUAUAUGGUACCCGGUCAUGCAUUCUAUAUCCGUGAACCUGGAUUCUUUCGGAUCACAUUUACAGUAGACAAGGGUAGACUAAAGAAAGGCAUUGAUAUUCUUGCACAGAGACUUUCACUCAAAUAA